UACGCCUUAUUGUGUAGACAAGCUUUUCACUUCACUAUCAUUUCACUUGUCGAACUCCAUGUUUAUGUUAAACAAUUUGGUAUAAUUGAAGUCUGUUUUCUUGUGAUUGAGCUAGUAUAUACUUUUGGAAAGUGAAAUGACAUGCUUGAUAUUUGACAAAAGCAAGAAAUCAAGUUCUAAUGCGGUCUAGUGCAGGAAUAAAAAACAGAGUCCUUUGGUAACCUUUGGCCCAGUGAGUAACUACGAGCGAUUCGUUGCUUGAUUUGCAACAUUAAAGAAAGUUCGACGAACACAGAACUCCUGUUUGAGACCUUUCUUCUGUAAUUUGAUUAAGAGAAAUUCAACGGUAGUUCACUCGUUCAAUGCGUCGAUCACGGCAGUGAAACCCCAAGUGCCAACGACGACGACGACAACUCCUAUUUCAAGAUUCAUGUCAUUUCUGUGAGUCCUAAAGCGCUAACCGAGAUUGCAAAGACUUAUAGGUGGGAACAAUUAGCAACAGCUGUAUUUUCCGGCAAACAACUUCAAUUAAUUCAACUCCACGCCAUACAAUGGCCGAGUCCAGUGACUUGGAUCGGCAAAUUGAGCAGCUUAAGAAAUGUGAGAUUAUCAAGGAGGCUGAGGUCAAAGCUCUAUGCGCAAAGGCGCGAGAGAUUCUGAUUGAGGAGAGCAAUGUACAACGUGUUGACUCACCUGUGACAGUUUGUGGAGAUAUCCAUGGACAGUUUUAUGAUUUGAAGGAAUUAUUUAAAGUAGGUGGCGAUGUGCCAGAAACAAAUUACCUUUUUAUGGGAGAUUUUGUAGAUCGAGGUUUUUAUAGUGUUGAAACGUUUCUUCUUUUACUUGCAUUAAAGGUUCGUUAUCCUGACAGAAUUACUUUAAUAAGAGGAAAUCAUGAAUCACGUCAAAUAACACAAGUUUAUGGUUUUUAUGACGAAUGCUUACGCAAAUAUGGCAGUAUAACAGUAUGGCGAUAUUGCACAGAGAUAUUUGACUAUUUAUCAUUAUCUGCUAUUAUCGAUGGCAAGAUCUUUUGUGUUCAUGGUGGAUUAUCGCCUAGUAUUCAAACAUUAGAUCAAAUUCGAACUAUCGACAGAAAGCAAGAAGUUCCUCACGAUGGACCAAUGUGUGAUUUACUAUGGUCAGAUCCUGAGGAUACUCAAGGCUGGGGCGUGUCGCCGCGCGGUGCCGGUUAUCUCUUUGGUAGCGACGUGGUAGCUCAGUUCAAUUCUGCCAAUGAUAUCGAUAUGAUAUGUCGAGCUCAUCAACUAGUAAUGGAGGGCUACAAGUGGCACUUUAACGAGACUGUAUUGACUGUCUGGUCUGCGCCAAAUUAUUGUUACAGAUGCGGCAAUGUAGCUGCAAUACUGGAACUAAACGAGCAUCUACAGAGAGACUUUACGAUAUUUGAAGCGGCACCACAGGAAAGCCGCGGAAUACCCAGCAAGAAGCCACAAGCAGAUUAUUUUUUAUAAAUACUGUUG